UUGCUAACCACGGUUUUUCUAAUCAAUUUUAUUGCUCGCAUUCUUUCCACUCGCCUCGUAAUAAUAGCCCAUUAACAGCUAAUGUCCACACAUGGCCAGCAUCACAUAUAUGCCAGCCCUGCAGCAUCACAGUCAAGCACGCAUCGCAUAGCCUCGCUCGACAUGGGCACGAUGCACGGCAACAGCUCAAUGGACUCGAUCUGCUCGGUCGAGAUGAGCCGCGAGGCGAUCUCGCGCACGACGUUUUCGCGGCGGCCGUUUUCGACCGAGGGCCAGAAGCAGCGGCGCGACUACCGGCUGCCAAAGAGCCUUCGGCCGACGUCCAUGUUCCAUUUGAAGCUCCGGUACGACAUGCCGUGGAGGGCGUCGGAGCGGCCGGCAGAUCUGGGGGCUAGGAUCGAGUGCCAGUGCAGCGACCAGGACUGCGCGACAUGCGGGCUGGAUAUUGCAGAUAUGUGGAGUAAUUACGAGCGGGCGGUGGCGGCCAGACAAGGUAAAGUAGCUCGGGGGGAGGCGCUUACUGCUGUAAUUGGCUUUCUUUUGGAAAGGAAAAAAGAGCGUAAUUGCAAUUCUGGCUUUUGCGCUGGUGUCCAGUUUCGAUUAUUUUUGUCGGCGUUGUAUUUAGAGUCUGGGUGCUGCUGCAGAAUAGCCCAGGAGCGUUUGUGCUGACUUUUUUCUCUUUCUCUCUCUCUCCCUGUGCAAACUAUUAUUAUUAUUAGACGGCAGCGUAUCUGCAGAAAACCUGCUUUCGCCGCCGGCGUUUUUUACGUCUAUUUCACCAAAACAACAAAC